GGUUCGAGUCCCGCUUGGGGUGCCUUGUGACGGACUGGUGUCCCAUCCUGGGUGUGUCCCCUUGCGUUGCCGCUUAGGUUUCGGCUCCCCGUGACUCCGCUCGGGACAAGCGGCUUCGGCCUCUGUGUGUGUGUGUGUGUGUGUGUGUGUGUGUGUGUGUGUGUGUGUGAGAGAGAGAGAGAGAGAGAACAGCCUGUUUCAGAUCACACUGCAACAUGUCAAUGGGAUUGAGAUGAGUACUGUGACUUGUCUAUUCAGAAAUUGAGAAUUUUCUUCUGAGUCACUGUUUUCAUUUACUCCCUUGUUUUGAAUCUCUCUUGUGUUUUAUGACCAAACUUCUUUUGAGGUUUUGAUGAUAAACAGAUGCUCUGACAUUCUGCUGUAGAAUUUCAUGUAAUAACUUGGAAUCUGUUGGUCCUUCAGUGAUCCCUCAGGCUCUGAGGCAGUAAAGCAGCCCCACAUCAUUACACUCCCUCCACCAGGCUUCAGAGCUGGGCUGAGGAGUUGGUGGUGGUGUGCAGUGUUUUGUUUUCUCCAGAAAUAACGCCGGGUGCAGUUAUCAAAAAGUUUUGUCUUAUCUGUCAACAGAACAUUGUUCCAUUAAUUCUGCGGAGCACCCAGGUGGUCUUUAGCAGACUUUUUUGGAGGGCAGUGGUUUUCUCUGUUGUGACCCCCCCCCAUAAACACCCCUCUUGUUUAGUGUUUGACACAUGAACACAAAUACAAGCGAUGCCUGCAGACCAUUAGCCGUAACCCUGGGGUCCUUUGUCUCUUUUAGAGGGUUGUAUAGGACGUUCAGUGUCCAGUGUCUUCUCUCCCGUGGCAUUCUUUAGGAUGAUUUUAGGGAGAACUUGACUCCCCAUAAGAGGUAAUGGAAUGAGUCAUUUCCUUAUCCAUUUUUCAGUUAUGUUGGUUUUCUGGAACAAAUUACGACUGGUUAACAGGACUAAGUGUAUUGUAACUUUUUACAGCACAACGUGGGGCUUUGAUCCCUUCCUGUAGAAGUGUUGCGAAAACACACGCCACCUCAUACGUUUCCCUCACACUCAUGACACACUCAGCACUUCAGCUGGAGCAUUCAGAAUGUGCGUGAUAACCGUGCACACGCUGUUUGAAGAAUGCUGUUUCCAAGUGGGUUUGGAAAGGUUUUUGUCAGUUCUAUUCAGUGCUGGAACUAAACACUCAUCCCUUGUCUGUGUGUUUUGUGUUUUCUCUCCUUUGCUUCUGACUAAGUGGUGUCACCCCAUACGGCUGCACUAAUGUCCUGUACGCUGCUGUCCAGCUCCAACACAGCAUGAAUACUGCAGGGUGCAAAACCCAACUCUGGCUCCUCCACUUACAACCUACAAAUCGGUUCAUAAUUCAUCCGGAGGGCCCCGUAGCGCCGCCACAGCCGCCAGCCCUGCGCCCCGUCUCUCUGCACAUCCCCGGCGUACUGCUUGCGAGCUCAGACACUAACGCUCCUGCAUCGCCUGCUGCUAACUCUGUUAUUACCCCGGUCCCGUCGCCGAGCAGGACCAUCGUCCCUGUGUCCAGCUCCUUCCCGCUCCUCCUUCAGCUGCCCAACGGUCAGACGAUGCCGGUCGCACUCUCGACGUCCAUCGCCAACCCAGCCGUGCACAUUCCCACCGCCCUUCCUCUCGCCGGGCCUGUUGCAGUAGUGCCCAGUCUCCCAGGGGUACCAGGCCCCGCCUCCCCCCAGUCUGUCCAGUCAGAAGCUAAAAUGGUGACCAGCAGAGAGCCUGUUGACGCCCCGUCUCCUGCACCCCCCGAGGAGCUGUGUGUGGAGUCCCUUCAGCAGCCUGCCACGUCCACCACGGAGACAGCAGCUUCCCCCCCACCUCCUGCUAGGCGCACCCCCUCAACGGGGGGGCGCCGACGCCGCGCCACCAAUGAGGACCCCGAUGAGAAGCGGCGCAAGUUCCUGGAGCGCAACAGAGCAGCGGCGUCACGGUGCCGCCAGAAGAGGAAGGUGUGGGUGCAGGCGCUGGAGAAGAAGGCCGAGGACCUGGACUCUCUGAACAGUCUGCUGCAGGUAUGGUGGGCGAGCAGGUGGGCCGCUCUGCGCCGCAUCCCAUCGACUGCGAGGUGUCCCACUACCUGUCUGCAGUUGCUCGUGUCCUGUUGCCACCCCCCAACCCCACAGAGUGAGGUCACGCAGCUGAGGACUGAGGUGGCGCAGCUCAAGCAGCUCCUGGUCGCCCAUAAGGACUGUCCUGUGACGGCCAUGCUGAGGAAGUCGGGCUGCCGCAAUGAAGGUGAGGACGCCAUGUCCACGUCCAGCAGCCCUCCCGCCGAAGCUAUUCAGCACAGCUCUGUGAGUACCUCGAAUGGCGUGGGCUCCUCCUCCGGGCCCGGACCCACCCCACAGGUGGCCCACCCUAAAGUGGGGGUGGAGCCCCCCGCAGAAACCCCACCGUCACAGAGCUGAUGGAACAGAGGGAUGAGGUGCAAGAGGGGCGACUGUGUCGUUGAAGGGAACUGUUUUGUUUGCGUUUCU